CAACUACAUAUGUAUGCGCAUUCUUGGAGAAGGGCCUGAUGGAGGUCAAGAUGAUGCGUGUGCUAGAGCUCGCAAGUGGAUUCAAGAUCAUGAUGGCGUAACAUAUAUACCGUCGUGGGGGAAAACUUGGCUUUCGGAUCUCGCCACGGGGAAGACGAUUGGUAGUGCUAAAGAGCAAGAAUGAGGUUGCUGAAAGAAAAAAUCGUCACCUUCUUGAAGUGGCUCGUGCAUUAAUGUUUCAGACACAUAUACCCAAAUACUAUUGGAGAGAUGCUAUUCUUACUGCAGCAUUCUUGAUCAACCGUUUACCCACUCGGGUACUUGACCAUUACACCAGAGAUACGGAAGAUUAUGACACCUGAAAGAAGGAAACAACCCACAUUGUCUCAGCAGCAACCUCAAUCGUCUGAACCACUGGUAAGUCCUGAAUCUCAUAUUUCUGAUCAUGAUGUUAAUAUUUUUGAUGACUUACCCAUUACUACUGAUUCUGAUGACUUACCCAUUACUACUGAUUCUGAUGAUUUACCCAUUGCUCUUAGAAAAGGAAAAAGAGCUUGUCCCAAGAAAUCUUGUCCCUCUUGUACUCAAUACCCUAUCUCCCAUUUUGUUUCCUCUGCUAAUCUUUCUAUGCAGCACAAAAGCUUUGUUUCAGCACUAGACUCUAUUGCAAUCCCAAAAUCAGUACAUGAAGCCUUGAAAGAUAGGGAUUGGGCUCAAGCCAUGCAAGAGGAGAUGAAUGCUUUGGAGAAAAAUAAAACAUGGGAGGUUAUUGAUAGACUCAACGGAAAGAAAGCAGUAGGGUGCAGAUGGGUUUAUGCUCUGAAAUAUAAUUCUGAUGGCACUCUUGAGAGAUACAAGGCUCGAUUAGUGGCCAAAGGUUACACUCAAACCUAUGGCAUUGAUUAUGAAGAAACCUUUGCUCCAGUUGCAAAGAUGAAUACAGUGAGAAUCUUGUUAUCCCUUGCUGCCCAUUACAAUUGGGAUAUAAAUCAAUUUGAUGUGAAAAAUGCUUUCCUCAAUGGUGAGUUAGAAGAAGAAGUCUACAUGGAAAUCCCGCCUGGUUUUGAUUCUGUGAAGGGGGAAAAUAAAGUUUGUAGAUUAAAAAAGGCCUUGUAUGGAUUGAAGCAGUCACCUCGUGCUUGGUUUGAAAGGUUUACUAAGGUUAUGAUGACCUUAGGAUACAGACAGAGUCAAGGAGAUCACACUCUUUUCUUCAAGCACUCCCAAAAUGGGAAGCUUACUGUGCUCCUUGUAUAUGUUGAUGAUAUUAUUAUCACAGGUGAUGAUUUUGUGGAGAGACAGAUUCUGCAAACACGGCUUGCCUCUGAGUUUGAAAUCAAAGACCUUGGGAAAUUGAGAUAUUUCUUAGGGAUAGAAAUAGCUCAUUCAAGCAAAGGAAUUUUUAUCAGCCAGAGAAAAUAUGUUUUGGAUCUUCUCAAAGAAGCAGGAAAGCUCGGGUGUAAACCCUCUAAUACUCCUAUUGAGCAGAAUCACAAGAUGGGCUAUGAAGAAGAGAGUCCUCCAGUUGAUAAAGGACAAUAUUAAUGGCUAGUUGGGAAAUUGAUAUAUCUGGCCCAUACUAGACCAGACCUAGCUUAUGCUGUUAGUGUUGUCAGUCAGUUUAUGCACGAUCCAAAGGAAAAACACAUGCAGGCAGUAGAGAGAAUUCUUCAGUAUCUUAAAGGUACUCCUGGUAAAGGAUUGUUAUUCCGACGUGAUGGCAAUCUAUCUUUAGAAGUCUACACAGAUGCUGAUUAUGCUGGAUCCGUGACUGACCGUCGUUCUACCACUGGUUAUUGCAUGUUUCUUUGCGGUAACUUGGUGACAUGGAGAAGUAAGAAACAAGAUGUGGUUGCCAGAUCAAGUGCAGAAGCUGAAUUUCGAGCUAUGGCUCAAGGCAUUUGUGAGUUACUGUGGCUGAAAAUUGUACUUGAUGAUCUCAAAAUAAAAUGUGAGGGACCUAUGAAGCUGCUAUGUGAUAAUAAAUCCGCUAUUUGUAUAGCUCAUAAUCCAGUUCAACAUGAUCGGACUAAACAUAUUGAGGUCGACCGCCAUUUCAUCAAAGAGAAACUUGAUAGCGGGUUGAUUACCACUCCAUACAUUCCCACUGGGCGUCAAUUAGCUGAUCUAUUAACAAAGGGGCUUCCUUUAGACAGAUUUCAAGAACUUACUAGCAAGCUGAGAAUGAUAAAUAUCUAUUCCUCAGCUUGAGGAUACUAGGUUUAUUCGACUGGUCGGGAGCCAACCCAAUGCCUCCAGAGUUUUGGAUGCUUCCUUCUUUUCUUCCUAUGCAUCCAGAUAAAAUGUGGUGUUAUUGCCGGCUAGUUUACUUGCCUAUGUCUUACUUAUAUGGGAAGAGAUUUGUGGGUCCAGUCACACCCCUGGUUCUUCAGUUGAGAGAAGAAAUCUUUAUUCAACCUUACCAUAAAAUUAAUUGGAAAAAAGCACGUCAUGCCUGUGCAAAGGAAGAUCUUCAGUAUCCUCAUCACUUCAUACAAGAUCUAUUAUGGGAUAGUCUAUACAUGUUCUCUGAACCACUUCUUACACAUUGGCCUUUCGACAAUCUGGUAAGAGAGAAGGCCCUUCAGAUAACAAUGAAGCAUAUCCAUUACGAAGAUGAGAAUAGUCGAUACAUGGACAAUGGAUGUGUGGAAAAGGUUUUGUUGAUGCUUGCUUGUUGGGUGGAAGAUCCAAAUGGAGAUGCUUUCAAGAAGCAUCUUGCAAGGAUCCCUGAUUACUUAUGGCUUUCAGAAGAUGGAAUGACCAUGCAGGGUAUUGGUAGCCAAUCAUGGGAUGCUGGAUUAGUUGUUCAAGCUCUGCUUGCCACAAACCUUAGCGACGAAAUUGGUCCUACACUUUUGAAAGGACAUGACUUUCUCAAGAAAUCUCAGGUUAAGGAAAACCCUUCAGGAGACUUUAAAAGAAUGUUUCGUCACAUUUCUAAAGGAUCAUGGACCUUCUCUGAUCAAGAUAAUGGAUGGCAGGUUUCUGAUUGCACUGCAGAAUGUUUGAAGACAAAUCAUGUUGUGUUUCAGUGCUGUCUACUCUUAUCGAUGUUGCCACAAGAGAUAGUUGGUGAGAAGAUGGAUGAUGAAAAGUUAUUUGAUUCGGUUAAUCUCCUUUUGUCGCUUCAGGGUAAGAAAGGCGGUUUCUCAGGGUGGGAGCCAGCAGGAGCUCAAGAAUGGUUGGAACUGCUCAAUCCCACAGAAUUUUUUGAGGACGUGGUAGUUGAGCAUGAAUAUGUUGAAUGUACUACAUCGGUAAUUGAGGCUCUGGUUUUGUUUAAGAAACUAUAUCCAGAGCAUAAGAAGAAAGAAAUAGAGAAUUCCAUUAUUAAUGCAGUUCGAUUCAUUGAGGAUACCCAAACAACUGAUGGUUCAUGGUAUGGUAAAUGGGGAGUUUGCUUCAGUUAUGGCACAUACUUUGCUGUUGCUGGGCUUGCAGCAUGUGGCAAGACUUACUCCAAUUGCACUGCAAUUCGAAAAGCAGUCGAGUUUCUUCUCGCAACACAGAGAGAGGAUGGUGGGUGGGGGGAGAGCCAUCUAUCAUGCCCAAAAAAGAUAUACGUACCCCUUGAAGGAAAUCGUACCAAUAUUGUACAAACUGCAUGGGCUCUGAUGGCUCUCAUUCAUUCUGGACAGGAUAAGAGAGACCCAACUCCUCUUCAUCAUGCAGCACAGUUGCUCAUCAAUUCUCAACUGAAAGAUGGUGAUUGGCCACAACAGGAAUGCACAGGCGUAUUCUUGAGGAAUUGCCUUAUCCAUUUUGCAAUGUAUCGAAAUAUUUUUCCAAUGUGGGCUCUAGCUGAAUAUCACAAACUGAUGGAAUUGCCUUGAAUGGUAGUUUAGUUUAUACUAUUAUAAUUUUUUGUAAUUACUGUGGGUUAAAAUCAACUGUAUUUUUCUUGUUUUAAUAAAAUUUGAGCUAAGUCAUUAUAUAUAUGGGGAUGUAGUAUA